AUGUUGAGGGAGUGGAGAUCCUGCAGAACACCACUAAUGUUAGCAUCAUCUCAUGGCCAUUUAGAUGUGGUGAAGCUUCUAAUCGACCGAGGAGCUACUGUAAACGACAAGGACAUGGACGGAUGGACUGCACUACAUCUUGCCGCAGGAAACGGUCAAGUAGUCGUGGUGACUUUACUGUUGGAACGUGGGGCAGGUCUAAGAGCUAAGUCAAAUACAGGCAGGACACCACUAAUUUUAGCAUCAUUUCAUGGGCAUUUAGAUGUGGUGAAGCUUCUAAUCGACCGAGGAACUCCUGUAAACGAUAAGGACAUGGACGGAUGGACUGCACUACAUCUUGCCGCAGAAAACGGUCAAGUAGUCGUGGUGACUUUACUGCUGGAACGUGGAGCAGAUCUAACAGCUAAGUCAAAUACAGGCAGGACACCACUAAUGUUAGCAUCUUAUAAUGGCCAUUCGGGUGUGGUGAAGCUUCUAAUCGACCGAGGAGCUCCUGUAAACGAUAAGGACAUGGACGGAUGGACUGCACUACAUCUUGCCGCAGAAAACGGUCAAGUAGUCGUGGUGACUUUACUGCUGGAACGUGGAGCAGAUCUAACAGCUAAGUCAAAUACAGGCAGGACACCACUAAUGUUAGCAUCUUAUAAUGGCCAUUCGGGUGUGGUGAAGCUUCUAAUCGACCGAGGAGCUCCUGUAAACGAUAAGGACAUGGACGGAUGGACUGCACUACAUCUUGCCGCAGAAAACGGUCAAGUAGUCGUGGUGACUUUACUGCUGGAACGUGGAGCAGAUCUAACAGCUAAGUCAAAUACAGGCAGGACACCACUAAUGUUAGCAUCUUAUAAUGGCCAUUCGGGUGUGGUGAAGCUUCUAAUCGACCGAGGAGCUCCUGUAAACGAUAAGGACAUGGACGGAUGGACUGCACUACAUCUUGCCGCAGAAAACGGUCAAGUAGUCGUGGUGACUUUACUGCUGGAACGUGGAGCAGAUCUAACAGCUAAGUCAAAUACAGGCAGGACACCACUAAUGUUAGCAUCUUAUAAUGGCCAUUCGGAUGUGGUAAAGCUUCUAAUCGACCGAGGAGCGCCUAUCGAUGAUAAGGAUAUUGGUGGAUAUACUGCUCUACAUGACGCAGCAAGAAAUGGGCACAUUGGAGUAGUGAAUUUAUUGUUAGAACGUGGAGCAGAUCUAAAAGCUAGGACACUAUAUAACGAGACACCAUUAAUUGUAGCUUCUAGUAAGGGCCAUUUGGAUGUAGUGAAGUUUCUUAUUGAUCGAGGAGCGCCUAUCAACGACAUGGAUGUGACCGGAUGGACUGCCUUACGAUAUUCAAAGAAUUAUGGAAAAAAGUCAAGUGAUUACCUUGAAUCAAAAGGUGGAAUUGAGUAA